UUCCUCAUCAACUUUUACAAUACAUUCUCUAUAUACUAGAAAAGAAAGAAAAAAAAAAAGAUGGAGAGCCAAAGAAUGGUGAUGUUUGUGACAAUGGUGACAGUGAUGGUAAUGGGAAACCUUCUGGUUGAGGCAGAAGCUCAAGCUCCACCUCCAUCUUCUCAUCCUUUCAAAACUUGUUACCGUGGUUGUGUUGUGGGUUGUCUUUACCAGAAGACGUUUCCAAAUUUUUUGGAAUGUCCAUUAACGUGUAUGGGGACCUGUCUUUUACCCCAAUGGCCUUCACAGAUGGUUUCAACAAACGAAAUCGACCAUACUGAUUACUACUGCAAACUUGGUUGUGCUGCUCAUCACUGUGUUUCCCUUUCUUCUAUCCAAAAUCCGAAUGUAGACAAAGUUGCGGACUGUGUGGAUUCAUGCUCGGACAAGUGCUCCACCAAGAACUAG